AGAAGCAGGAAGUAUCUUAUUUCCUGUUCACUUGUCUUUCUGAUGUCGAAGAUGAUGCACCGCGUACCUCUGCUGUUCCUCUGCUUCCUGCUCACCCCCGGCCCGGCUCUGGCUCUGGACUGCGCCUGGGACCCGGAUGUGGACCCGGACCAGGCUCUGGACCCGGUGUCCCUGGUCUCCACGCUGCUGCCGGGCCGGAACAACACCGUGGAGGGAUCGGACCCGCGGCUGUGCCGCGAGGCCUGCUGUCAGACCGCGGGCUGCGACCUGGCGCUGCUCGGCUUCCCCAUGGACGGACGGCCGCAGUGCAUGCUGGUCCAGUGCGUGAGGCAGGGCCGCGACAUGUGCGUGUUCCGACCCAGCACGCAGUUCAAGAUUUACCGCAAGAAGGUCCCGACCGACGCCGAGACAAAGAGCCAGGAGGGCGGGGAGGAACUGCGCGUCGUCCCGCUGGGGCUGCUGGGAGAGAUCAACGAGACAGACAGCAUCCGGUGUCGGCUGCCGAUGAAGGUGGGUUUGUGCCGCGCGGCCUUCCCCAGGUUCUACUACGAUGUGACCAAUCAGAGCUGUCGCAGCUUCACCUACGGCGGCUGUGACGCCAACGAAAACCACUUCAACACCAGGGAGGAGUGUGAGGCCAGCUGCAGCGGAGUCACAGGUUCAGUUCUUCCUGAUGAAUCGACUCCAGCUCCUGAUCUUCCUCCCAAAGCUCGGCGCCUGGCUCCCGUCGACUCCAACGUCUCUGGCCUUCAGAAAGCUGAACUUGUUCUUCUCUCCACAGACAAGGCCGCCGAUGACUUCGCUGAGCGCUGCGGGGCGGAGCCUGAUGGCGGUCAUUGCAGAGCGGCGUUUCAGCACUGGUACUACAACAGCAAGACAGGAAGCUGUCAGACCUUCAUGUACGGAGGCUGCCGAGGAAACAGGAACAACUACUUCACCGAGGAGGACUGCAUCAACUCCUGCACAGUCCAAGUGCUUCCCUCCAAGAAAGACGCUGAUGAUGAUGAUGAAGUCUCUGCAGAAUACAAAGAUGGCUGCAUGGUGACCUCUGACCCCGGCCCCUGCCGCGCUGCCUUCCCCAUGUUCUACUACGACGCCAGCACCGCCUCCUGCCAGACCUUCAUGUACGGAGGUUGUCGCGGCAACAACAACCGCUACGGAAGCGAGGAGGAGUGCCUGAGCCGCUGCAGCACUGGUAAAGAAGGUUCCAUUGACUUUCAUGGAAACCCUCGCAAACACCUGACUACAGCUGUCUUCCUGUUCGUCACUCUGGCGGCCGUCUCUGCUCUGCUGCUGGCGGCACUCGCCGUUCUCACGCUGAGACGCCACCGUCUGUCCCGCAGCACGUCCUCCGCCAGUGAUAAGGAGGAGCUGCUUCCUGAAGAUGAUCAUUCUUCUCUGGAGUCUCUGAGCGCCCCAGGAAGCCCCAAACUGGACAACGCCUAAAGGGGGGGGAUCCACCCUGUGGGGUUAGGGUUAGGGGUUCACCCCGGGGGUCAGGAUCUUUAACCCGCUAUACUCUGGAUUCUCUCUGCAGACAGAAGAGUUGUAUGUUUCCUCUGUCUUCACCCGCUGCCUACGGUGAUUAAAUGAAAGUUAGGGAACACAAAUUAUCAAUUAAAUCACUUUAAACUGUCAUUUGAAGUCAUUUAUUACGUCUGUUUUCAGGGUCACACGGAACCUGCCCACACAGAACUUUCCUCAGAUUUCAAACAUAAAAAUAAAACUCUGAAUGUUAAAACAUCUCCUACA